CACUCACCCACCCACCCCUUCUUUUAAUCGACACGGGCGCGAGGUCUCGAGGAGGCAGAGCGGAGGCACAGGCAGAUCUCUCUGGGAAGUAUAGGCAUAUUGCAUCAUGUUCGCGGCGGCAUCCAUCCCGGGGUCGAGGCAGGGUUGCUUCAAGUGUGGCAACCUCGGGCACAUUGCCGAGAACUGCCAGUCGCCCGCGCGGCUGUGCUACAACUGCCGCGAGGCGGGGCACGAGUCGACCAACUGUCCGCACCCGCGCACGACGGACGGCAAGCAGUGCUACGCGUGCGGCGGGGUCGGGCACGUCAAGGCCGACUGUCCGUCUAUGCGCGCGUCGUUCGGGCACGGCGCGGCUAACGGCUUCGGUGGGCCCGGAGGGUUUGGCGGCAACAACGCGCCCAAAUGCUACCACUGCGGCAGGCCAGGCCACAUUGCGCGCAUGUGUCCCCAGGCGCGCGUGGGCGGCUUUGGCGCCGGUGGACGAGGAGGCGCGUUCCCCCCGCGCCCGCGCGCAGCCGCCAACCCAGACGGCACGCCAGUAAAGUGCUACCGCUGCAACGGCGAGAACCACCUCGCGCGCGACUGCCUCGCGCCGCGCGACGACUCGGCGAAAAAGUGCUACAAGUGUAACGAGACGGGCCACAUUGCGCGGUGAGUGUGGGUCGGGCGGGUUUGUGGGGGAGGGGGAGGGGGAGGGUUCACGACUGGCUGGGGCGGCGGCGCCAGCCAAGAGAUUCGGCUUCCGGGUAUGCUGCUGACACCCUGCCCCAGCGACUGCUCCGCCACCAACGACGAGCUCGCCACUGCCGAAUAAGUAGCGCGCGACUGCGCGGCGCGAGUCGUGCCGUGUCGCCUCGUUGUAUCUAUCUCCCCGUAUGCGUCGUAUCUUGCACUCGGUAUAUGUGGUGUCUGUUAAGGCUGGCAUGAAUACUUGGGUUUUGGUGGGGCAGUCGGAGUCUCCGGGCCGAUAGGUGGGCAGUGGUGGUGGUGGGGUUGGGACGAGCAUCAGUCCAGGUCGGUCAGUGUCUAGUCAAUGCCGCAGUGUAGUGUACGUGGAGAGG